CCCGAAGUUUAGCGCUAGUGACAAUUUUGAUCUCAUUUUUUAAAUAAGACAUUUAUGGCCUACUUUUGAAAUUAUUAGACAGAUUCGGCCCGAAAAUUAUGUUGACCGUUAAAACUGACGGUCAAACAUUUAUUCCGUCAGUUACUCAACACACUGGUGGCACUAACAUGGCUGCCACAUCAUUUGCACAUAAUUUAUUUAUGUCAAAAUGAAAAAAACAUGGAAAAAACAAGUAAAUUAAUUUGGGGCCCACUUAAUCCCCCAUUCCAUUUCCAACCCCUACCACCCACACCCAUCCCUGCGAUCGACCACCUCCACCUCCCACUUUCACCCGCCGCCACCUCCGACUCCCAUUUUCCCCCGCCGCUGCUAGCCCUGCCUUGCUUUUUGCGGUCGAGCAAAUCAACAACCACCCCUCCAAUUUUCUUCCACUUGCCCACCAAAUAACACCUCAGCGACUCAUCGGUGUGGUGGCCGCCAUUAACGGAAGCUUCUCCGGCAGGAAGUUCCUGGAGAUCGUCAUUGCGCGGGGAAAGCUUCUCGAUCUCCUCCGUUUCGUCGACACCGGUAGGCUCCAACCAUUCUUUCCGUCGAAAUAUUCGGUGUUAAUCGCUCCUUGGCUUUUGGAGUACAACAAGGAGAAGAGUGUGUUUGAUAAAGUUCACCCGGAGACGUUUGGGAAGUCCAGAUGCAGGAUGAUAGUUCCUGGUCAGUACUUGGCGGUUGACCCUAAGGGGAGGGCAGUGAUGAUUGGAGCUGGCGAAGAAGAAGGAGAGGCGGAAGAAUUGUCGGCCGCUCGGGAACGGCUGGGGGAAGGAGAAACGACGGAGUGAAUAAGGGGAAGAGCUAGUGGUCGACAUGACCCCUUCUCUGUAAUUCAGAUUUUUUUUCAUUUGUUAUUAUUAUUUGUUUUAUUUUAUUUAAUUUGUAAAUGAUGUGUACAAGCCCAGUCAGUGGCAAAUGCUGAGUCAGUGAUGGAGAAAAUAGUUGACCAUUAAUUCUGAUAGUCAAACUGUUUCUCGGGCCAAAUUUGUUCCAUAAUUUCAAAAGUAGGCCACAAAUGUCUUAUUUGAAAAAUAAGGCCAGAAUUGUCACUAACGCUAAAUUUUGGGUCAAACUAGGGUAUUAACCCAAUAACAUACCAGUACCACUAAUUUUUUCUGUAGUACGAUUCUCCGAUCUACUUAAAAAUGUCAAAAACCAGUUGAUCUCAAUAACUCGAGUUGUUGGGAGAGGUUCAAUCGUGGAUCAUAUACCGUUUUAUUAACACCCCCCUUCAAACUCAAGCCAUUCAGAUAGGCUUGGAGUUUGGACAGGCACAGGUCCGAACACCGUGUGCUUAACAGAAACAACAGAAACAGAUCGGGGUCACCGGGAAUCGAACAGAAGACCUCUCGGUCACAGAAGGCUCUGAUACCAUGUCAAGAACCAGUUGACAUGGUAUCAGUCUGAAGAAGCUAUUGCCGAGCGAAUGCAAACUCGGCUCUUCGAUUUUUUAAUGAAGCUGCGGCCCGAAUUUGAGGCCGUUCGAGCAAACCUUCUGAAUCGCGACAUCCUGCAAUUUGACGGUGUUUUAGGGACACUUGUGCGUGAGGAAACUUGGUUAAGGACUCAGGCGGUUAUUGAUCUUCGCCCGGGGGAAGGAGAAGCACUGGUAGCUUCUGCCGCAGGUCAAGGAGCUCACGGGUCUGGUCAUGGUGCUGCUGCAUAUGCUGUUGACCGUCCCCAAUUUCAAAGGAGGAUUCCAAUUUCCGAUCUGAUUUGUCACCACUGCCGAGAGAAGGGCCAUUUGCAAAAGCAUUGCCGCCGACGCAAUUUUUGCGUGUAUUGUAAGCGCAUGGGGCAUGUGAUUCUCGAUUGUCGUACGAAAGAACGGAACGAGGCCCGUGAAGGUGGACCUCGCGACGGAGGGUCUCAUCUUGGCCGAGCUGGGUCGCGUCCUGGGUAUAAUGGACGGGCUGCUUUUGGAGCUUAUCCUGCUGUGGAUGCUCCUCGUUGGAGAGCUGCUGGUGAUGAGAGAAGCAACCACAAUGCAACUGGUGAGAGUAGCAAUGCUACUGGGAAUAAUAAUGGUGCUGGGAAUAAUAAUGGUGUGACCAUCCAGGCUGUUGAGCAGAUUGUCAGUGCGGCCAUAAGUGCUGCCUUUGCUACAAUGCAUGGUACAGGUAAGAUUCACCCACCUUGGUUACUUGAUUCAGCAUGUUACAAUCAUAUGACCAGUAAUUCAGGUGUUCUAAAAGAUGUAUCACCAGUUCAAAACAUCGACUUAACCGUGGCGAAUGGAUCUAAACUAGAGGUGAAGGGUAUGGGUAAUGUAGUGAACGAAAACAUAUCAUUGCGUGAUACUCUACAUGUUCCUGCACUUGUUCCUAAUUUAGUUUCCGUGGGUCAACUUACUGAUCAAGGAUGUACUGUGUCGUUUGCUCCGUCUGGUUGUGUUAUACAGGAUUUGAAGACGGGGAGUCUGAUCGGAAGGGGGAGUAAGCAGGGGCGUCUCUUUCGUCUAGAAGAACUACAUGGGCAUUCCAUCACUCCUGUUCAUUCACAGUCUAUGGUUAGGCCUGUCAGUAGUCCUAUGUCUUGUUUAGCAGUCUCGAGUCAGUCAAAUAAGCAGUGGGAUCUGUGGCAUGCUCGAUUAGGGCAUCCCCACUCAGCUCAUCUCCAUGUCAUGUUUCAAAAGUCGUUACUUGGUCCAACUCGUGUCAGUGUUCCCGAAAAUCAUUUCUGUACUAGUUGUGUUGAAGCUAAAACUGCCAGUAUUUCGUAUCCUCCUAGCACUACUGUUAUUCGUGAACCCUUUGAUGUCAUACACACAGAUCUUUGGGGACCUGCUCCUUUUGUGUCCCGUCAUGGAUUUCGUUAUUUUGCUCUGUUCGUUGAUCAUGCAACUCGGUAUACCUGGAUUUACCUUCUUCGAUUGAAAUCUGAUCUUCGUUCUGUAGCCCUUGAAUUUCUCAACAUGAUUGAAACUCAAUUCGGCAAAUCAGUCAAAAUUAUUCGCUCGGAUCCCGGUGGGGAAUUUAGCUCCUUUCCUUUCCGAGAAAUAUAUCGAUCUCGUGGUAUAUUGAGUCAAAAAUCUUGUCCUGGGGUUUCCCAACAAAAUGGCCUCGUCGAACGUAAAAACCGUCAUGUUGUCGAGCUUACCAGAGCCUUAUUGUUAGCUUCCUCAGUUCCUGGUCAUUUUUGGCCCGAGGCUGUAGUCACUGCUGUCAGGCUAAUCAACUAUCAACUUACUCCGAUACUUGAUAAUGAGAGUCCGUUUUUUAAGCUCUAUUCACGUCUACCUGACUACUCUCGCCUUCGGGUAUUUGGGUGCCUGUGCUUUGUUUUAAUGCCACGUCGUGAGCGUACUAAGUUAACGUCCAAAACUGCUCGAUGUGCUUUCAUGGGAUACAGUGAUGUUCAUAAAGGUUACCUGUGUUAUGAUCCUAUUUCUCAGCGUGUUCGAGUCGCUAGCACUGUCGUGUUCUUUGAGCAUAUUCGGUUCUUUGAAUCUUCAUCCCAGUCCGAGUCUAUCUUUCCUCCCAAUGAUUCUUUGCCCAUGUUUAGUUUUGAUGAUGAGCUCCCUGCCGAAGUGGACGAUAUGCAGCCCCCUGAUGAUCAUGACUCCCCCAGCUCCUCCUUGACUUCUAGCUCGCACACUUCAUCACCUGAAGACAGCCCAAGCUCGCACACUUCCUCACCUGCCGGCAGCCCAAGCUCGCCAAUUUCCUCCUCUGCUGCUCCGCUGGUCACGUCUACUGCUCCCCCGCUUCGCCGAUCCACACGUAUAAAUAAAGGUGUUCCCCCAGCUCAUCAUGAUGAUUAUGUAGCCUUUGGUGUCACUUCUCUUGUUGUCCCAACAAGAUACAAAGAUGCACAGGGAGAUCCAGUUUGGGAGGAGGCAAUGGGGAGUGAGUUCGACGCACAUCGUGCAAAUAACACUUGGACGGUUGUUGAUCGCCCUCCUAAUACACCGACUAUUGGGAGCCGAUGGGUUUAUGCGAUCAAAAUGUUCCCUGAUGGAUCAAUCGAGCGUCACAAUGCUCGUGUUGUUGCAUUAGGAUAUACACAGGAGCACGGGGUGGACUAUCAUGAGACCUUUGCUCCUGUGGCUCGGAUGUCGACAGUGCGAACUUUGCUUGCGGUUGCCUCUAUGAAGAAUUGGCCUCUUGCUCAACUUGACGUGAAGAAUGCAUUCCUGCACGGUGAUCUAGAAGAGGUAAUUUACAUGGAGAAGCCGCCAGGGUAUAAUGUCGGGGCUCCGGGUCAGGUAUGCAGAUUGAACCGAUCCUUGUGUGGUUUAAAACAGGCUCCUCGGGUCUGGUUUGAGACUUUCCAGUCUACCCUUCUAGAUCUUGGAUGCAGCCAGAGCCUGAAUGAUCCGUCAUUAUUUAUCAAGGUUACAAAAACUGGUAUCGUUCUGCUUCUUUUGUACGUGGAUGACAUGAUCAUUACAGGAUCGGACGUGGAGGGUAUUAGCCACUUGAAAGAGGGGUUACAGAAGGCCUACAAAAUCAAGGAUUUGGGUGAUCUAUCAUACUUCCUCGGGUUAGAAGUCUCACGCACAAAAGAAGGUAUUUUGUUAAGCCAAAGGAAAUAUAUUGUUGACUUAUUGAGUGAACAUAAUAUGGAAGAUUGUAAGCCAGUCAAUACACCCAUGGAGUAUAAUUUGAGAUUGAGCAGGGAAUCAGGCGAGAAAGUUAGGGAUGGACCACAGUAUCGGAGUAUAGUUGGAAGCCUAAUCUACUUAUCGGCUACUCGACCUGAUAUUUCGUAUGCAGUUCAGCUGGUCAGUCAAUUUAUGGGGGAUCCUCGAGCUGGACAUUUAGCUGCCGUAUAUCGUAUACUUCGGUACUUGCAGGGUACAAAGGAAGUAGGCAUAUACUUCCCUUCUACAGGCUCGACUACCUUGAGAGCAUAUUCAGACUCAGAUUAUGCAGGGUGCGUGGACACCAGGCGUUCUACUACAGGAUGGUGUGUUCAGUUUGGGAGUUCAUUUAUUUCAUGGAGGUGCAAAAAGUAGGAUAAAGUUUCAAAAUCGUCGACUGAAGCUGAAUAUAGGGCAAUGUCUGAUGUUGCUUCUGAAUUGACAUGGCUGGGACGAUUACUCACUGAUAUGGGCGUCAAUUGCUCAAGUCCCAUGGAUUUAUUUGUAGAUAAUACCAGUGCAAUCCGCAUCGCAGAGAAUCCAGUGUUGCAUGAUCGUACAAAGCACAUAGAGAUACAUGUGCAUUACAUUCGGGAUGAGGUACGGGAUGGUUCGAUUGCACUACAUUAUAUACGUACUGAUGAUCAGGUUGCAGAUCUUCUCACAAAGGCAUUCACGAGCAGCCGACACCAUUUUCUGUCUGACAAAUUGAUGCUCGUGACCCGGCAUCAAUUUGGGGGAGGAUGUUGAAUGUAUAUGCUGCUGCGUUUUAUUGUAUGAUUAGUACGUGUAUAGUUAUGGGCCAAUAGAGACUUAGUUAUUAAUUGUCAUGUUAGGCCCAUGCAGUCUUGAGGUAGCCCACGUAGUGAAGUGGUUCACGGGUGCUAGGGUUUGGCAGUCUGAGGGUAUUUGUAGAGCUGCUUGAGUUCCUGUACACAUACAAUCAUCAGUAAGAUCAGUAGUCGAAGAGUGUUCUCGCUCUUCCGUGGAUUAGUCCUGGAAUUUCAGGGAUACCACGUAAAUCGUGUUUGUUCUUCAUUCUCAUUUCCGAACUGUUAGAUAGAUUAUCAAAAAAAGGCCUUCCUUGGAGGAAUCAAAUUUGCCUUUGCUU